AGAGUGAACAAGGGGAGGAGCAGAAGGGUGUUUUCACAUUUUUACGUCGGGAGUCACAAAAGCGUCACUCAGUCGAAGUCCAAAGGGGAUUCAGUAGGUUUACAUAUUGUUCGGCAAACGACUAUAGGUUUUUAUGAUAAAAGUAACACUUUCUCAAUAAAAUAAUGGUUCUAAUAGUAUAUUAAAAGGCUUCUCCCUUAAUGAGCCACUAAAACGACCAGUGUUUGGUUUCACUUUCGAUCUCCGGCAAAAUGGAAAACAUUGGAUUUACAGUACCACAAAAGAUCCCAGAGGAAUACAUCAACAAAAUCACUGAGGCAAUCCAGUCUACAAAACUAGAGAAUAUCCCUCAACAGUUUAUGACUUUGCUGAAAGUGUAUGAUCAAUUCAAGCUGGAUGUUGCUGUGACAGGAGAUUCCGGCUCAGGAAAAUCUACACUCAUCAAUGCUCUGCUUGGACUGGAAGCUGAUGCUAAAGGUGCUGCACCAACAGGAGUUGUGGAGACCACAAUGAAACCUGCAGUGUAUCAACAUCCAAAUUGUUCCCAAGUGAGACUGUGGGAUCUACCAGGAAUGGGUACACCCUCUUUUACAUCUAAGAGUUAUGUAGAGACAAUGAACUUCAACCUCUAUGACAUGUUUUUUGUAGUGAUAUCUGAACGAUUUAGAGAAAACAACAUGCUUCUGAUUGAUGAAAUACAUAAACAAAACAAGCCUUUUUAUGUUAUUAGAACAAAAGUAGACAGUGAUCUGCGUGCACAAAGUAGAAAACAUAACUUUACAGAAACUGGCGUUUUAAGUGAAAUGAGGGAUGAAUGCUUAAAAUAUUUAGAAGAGAAAAACCUGCACCCCCAUAUCUUCUUAGUAUCAGCCCAUAACACACUCAACUAUGAAAUGCAGAAACUUAUGGACACCUUUAAGAAAGAGGUUCCAGAACUAAAAAAAAAAGUUUUUGCUCUUUUCCUGGUGAAUUUGUUCAGUGGAGAUAGAAGAAAACAAAGGACCAUGAAGCUACAUGCCCUGCAGAGUGGAAAAAUCAAUGAUAAGGAGGUAUUGGACCUAAAAGAUUUCUGCAGAUGUUUUGAUGUUUCAAAUGUAACUGACACACUGACAACUUCAUUGGAGGCUCUAGAUCACUUUCAGCUUGAUGUGGCUAUUUUAGGGGAGACAGGAUCUGGAGUAACUACUCUUCUGAAUUGUCUAAUAAGACAACAGGAUGAUACCUUUUGUUCAGUACUUACUGAAAUGCCAGCAACAAGUCCUCAGUACCCAAAUGUCAGAUUUUGGGCUGUGUCUGGUAUCGAGAACAUUAUACUAAACUCAUUGGAGAGUAUGACAGAAACUUUGGACCAUUUUGAUUUCUAUGUGCUUAUUGUGACAGAGUGGAAGAAGGCACACCACAUAGACCUUGCAAGAGUUGUUCAAAAGUUACGAAAGCAGUACACCUUUGUCCAGACAAAGACUGACUGUCAUUUGCAAGCUCAAAAAGAUUUGUGCUGUUCUGAGACUGAAAUUCUGGAUGGGCUUCGAGCCCAAUGUGCUGAGGAACUUCAGAGGGCAGAAGUCGACAGUUCACAAUUGUUCCUCGUAAACUGCUUAGAUAGAAAAAAAUUAGACUUUGUCGGUCUUGAGAGUGUAUUGGGCUGUAACCUGGACACUAUAAGGAGAAGUGCUUUUGCAUAUUAUGUUGAUAAAAUUGUGAGAAACAGAAAGCAAGCACAGAGUAGUUGUCAGAUACUCUAGCUGCUUGAAUGCCUCAGAUUUGUUUUAAAUGACUGUGGACCUUUUGAUAAAAGAAAAAUGUGAAGUGAGGGAGAAACGCUUAUGACUAUCACUUAAAUACUUAAAAGCAUAUGCUAAAAUGCAGCAUAGCAACAGAAUGUCUCUUCAAUUACAAUACCACUGUUAAUUGAUCAUAAACUGUAACUUAUCCUGUAGUUUUGAACUUCUUACAACCUACAUCUGUGACACUACAAACUAUCUCAUAUCACAGUAACUGGGUUUGCAAGUUACACUUAUAAUCAGACAUAUCUCUUAGAAAAAUAGAGACUAAUAAGUCAUUAAAGGAAGUGCUGCUUACCAUUUCCAGGUUGUCCUGCUGUAGUUGCAUAUCCAUGACCACAUGUCCACAAUUAUUGUGUUGUUGUUUUCAUGAAGCACCUUUUAUCACUUUGAUUGUUUGAUUUGUUCAAGGUUUUUAUUCCACCAAAGUGUACAAUACAAUGCAAGCAGUGUCUGCCUACUGUUGUUUCUUUUGUUGUCGCUGAUCUUGAUGAUAAUGAUUAUUGUGAUUAUCAUUGUAAAUAUAAUUAGAUACUUAUUUUUAUUAAAUAAAUAUCUGUCAGUGGGUAUGAUUCCAGUGUUUCCAGUUCAAUCCUGAGCCCUGGUUGCAGCAACAAUAUUAAUGUUAUUAACCAGCAAGUAAUAACAGCAAGUUAUUUCAAAAUUAAUAAUAUGACAAUGUCUUAUUAAUAAAAAUUAUUAUAGCUAAUAUUAAUGGCUAAUAAAAACGAACAUCAUACAUUAUGAGGAAUACUUUUACAAUGUAUGUAAACUGACAACUCACUCCAUGUAAUCGCAUUAUAACACUGGCGCUUUAAGGUUUCAGUGAGUCAAGAUCGCGGCGGAGAGGAAAUCUCGCGAGAGCACCGGGGAAGUCUCGCUUAGGUGAGGGUACUAUAUAGUUUGUGUAUUUGGGAGCUAUAAGUGAUAUAAACUCCAUUAAACGCCAAAAAUCGGAUAAAUAUUCACUUGUAUUAGAGCAGUAUUCUAUAGGGGAGUAGUAUACAGAGGCUAGUGUUUGUGAGUUGCAGCGAUUGAUGAGGAUUGAUUUAGAGUUUGUUCGUGUCUCAAGUUUACUGAUAAUUACAGAGAGUGGCUGAAGGCUGAAUGAAGAGCUGUGGAAACUGCAUCCUCUGUCGACCUGUUUAGGCAAACUGGUGUGGGUCCAGUGUAGGUGGCAGGCCCACUGUGAGGUGAUUUCAGAAUCAGUUAAUCAAAGCACUUCAUAAAACAAGGGCAGCUGAAUUCUGCAGCUGAGUGCUUAGGCUCUGGUAUGAUGGUUGUAGUCUUCAGGCAUGUAGGAGCCAUGGCUUGGGCCAUUGACAGAAAAUGUCAGUGAAAGACCUGUGUUGGUUGUCUAGCGCAUUCUCUGAGCACACGUCCCGAUAUGCCAUCUGGACCAGCUGCUUUGCAUGGAUCCACUUUGCUAAAUGCUCCAUAGACAUCUGUUGUGGAGAGUAAUAGUGGACUGUGAACAAUAGAAGAGUUUUGUUUUAUGUUUUGCAUUUCUUCCCCAUGACUGUACAGACUUGACUUUUGUUGAGUAAUCGGAUGAGAAGUACUUUUAAUUUAUUAAAAAGCAAUACUAAAUAAGAGAGGGAAAAUAAGACGGUCUCCUAAACUGAACAAACUCCCCUUUACAGACUAAAAUCCUUGUGUACCAGCUGAAAGCAGCAGGAAAACAGAUGACUGAGGACAAAAGAGCUAUCUGCACUACUACUAAAUGUUUUGGCAGAAAUGUGCCUCCAAUAGUACUGUGCUUGUGCCCUGUGAAUAUGGUGAGGUGAUAAAGUUUCAAGGAGACCAAAGAGACAUUUGCCAUAUUUUCCUUGAAGUGAACAUUUAUUUCCAUUUGUGAUUGUUUAAAAAAUAAAGGAAAAGCAAUAGCUGCAAACUAUAAUAGAAUAAAUGUAUUGUAUGUUUA